UGUUCAAGUGAAAUAAAUGCAUGGCUGUCAUUUUGUGAGACAAAAUGUCUAUAACAACUUGCCAGAAGGUUACUCUUAUAUCAUGCUCGGUUCUCUGUAUUUCUCUCUUCCUGCCCAGAAUGCUUUUACCCAGAGGGAAAAAGGAGCUGGGUCGGCCUGAGGUUGGACCCGGGUUCUACCCUCCUGCGAUGCACCGGCUGUCGUUGCCAGUGGACCCAGAGCGGUGGGGUGUGGACCCUUCGUACUCCAUGGCACACAGUGCUGAGGCCAUGGCCAAAAUGAAAGGCAUCGGACAAGGCAAAAAAUACAACCUGAUGGCUCAAGCGAUACCCAUAUAUGGCUUUGGGAUACUCCUGUACAUGCUCUAUAUAAUCUAUAAGCUGACAUGUAAGGGGAAGGCUACUCCAUCAGGAUACUGCACUCCAGUAACCAAGGCAAACAUGGAGAAUAAGAUUCCGCCCGAUCAUGAUCUUGUCAAGCUUCAGGAGAGACUUCGGCGAACAGAAAUGAUGAUGGAGAGGAUUGUCUCUGGAAAGAGUCAUGGUUCUGGGAGUGGCAGAAGGAGGAAGAGUAAAGGUUCGACAUCAAAGAAGGAGGAGAAAUUACUCAAGCAACUUCGACAGAUCACACAGCUGAUACAAGAGAACCGACUGGAGGCAGCUUCCCCGGAGAUGGAGGCAGAGGAGGUCCCCUACUGUGUAGACUGGGAAGGAUACCCGGAGGAGACCUACCCAGAGUACGACGAGCCCUAUAAAAGACGUGGAUUUGACAUCUUCACACUGGAGGAGCCCCCCAGGCAGCCCACCGCCGAGGCCCUGGCAGAGAGGAUGGAGCAAGAGGAGGAAGAGAUUAUGGCGAGGAAACUAUCCAUAGUGCAAGAGCUGGACGAAGACGUAGAAGAGGAGGAGGCCGAGGAAGAGGAGGAGGAAGAUGAGGAUAAAGAGGAUGAAGUAGAGGAAGAGACAGAGGAAGAGGAGGAUGAGGAAGAGAAAGCAGAGAAAAGGCAGUUGCUCAGUCUUGCUCUAUCCCAGCCGGCUGAAGAACAAAAGCAGGAGAGACUUGGUUUGGAGGUGAGCAAAGAGCUGCAGUGUCUCAACGGAGUGAAGAAGCAAAUUAGCUUUAGCGACUUCAAAGAUGUGUUCCACUACCCUAAAGAGGAGACUUAUGAAGAGGAGGAGGAGGAGAAGGAAGAUGAGGUGGAGGAAGAGGAUGAGGGGACAGAGGUGGAAGAGGAGGAGGAAGCGGAUGAAGAUGAUCCAGUGAUGGAGGCGGAGAGCCUGCUGUUCAGCUGCGUGGGUUGUCCCAACCCAGAAGAGGAAGCAGAGGAGGAUAAAGAGGAGUUAAUGUCGGAGGAAGAUGGUUCGAUCCACGCAGACAUGCCUAAAGAAGUCGGGGCAAGUGGGCUGAGGAUGCGGAACAGGAGGGAGACGUAAAGGACUUUUACAAUUACCUAAAAUUAGUUUUUAAACACAUAAUGUUCCUCAACUUGUACUUUAUUUAUUACUAAUCCCUUAUAUGUGUAAAAUAUAGAACACAAGCUAAAUAGAGACAUGCAAUGCUGCUCUGAAGGGAUACUUUUAUACAAAUAAUAGUCUCCUUUCACACAUAUAGCUUCUGAUGCUUGUUAAUUUCAUUUACAGGCUGUUCUUUUAAGGGGAGCACCACCUAAAUUAAGAAUUCCAAUAUGUUAUUUCCAUGGCAUACUGUAGGAAAGUUCAAUCAGUCUGUGUGAACA